AUGGUUCCUGAGUAAGUCAACUAAGGAACCAUGGAUGGCACAUGUAUUUUUUGAUAACAUUAAACGUUGAAUCAACUCUCUCCACGUCAUUUGUCCAUCCUUGAGAACUUCACUUCUUGCUGCAGUUUCUCCGUCCCGAUUCGAGUGCAUUGAGCUCUAUUGGCAGACGGGGAAAAUUCCUCCGUGGUGCUCAAAUUUCGCCAAUCUAAUUUUCCUCUCCUCCUUUGUCUCAGUCGGAACACUGCCGUCUCCCCUCUGCCUUUGGGUCAUCACCCGCUAACAUGAUGUUUCGAAGUGUCCUUUUGUGUCUACUAGUCGCAGUCGUUUGCUGUCAUGACGAGGAGGGGAACAGCAAGUCCAGGGUGUGUGCCAAUGUAUUCUGUGGGGCUGGCAGGGAGUGUGCUGUGACAGAGAAAGGGGAACCUUCCUGCCUGUGCAUUGAGCAAUGUAAAGCUCACAAGCGCUCUGUGUGUGGCAGUAAUGGUAAGACGUACCGCAACCACUGUGAGCUCCACCGCGACGCCUGCCUGACCGGCCUCAAGAUCCAGGUGUACCACGACGGACACUGUGAAGAGAAAAAGACAGACAAAGCUGUUGCUGCUAGCCCAAUCGUGUGCUACCUGGCCAACAGGAACGAGUUGCGCAGCCGGGUAAUCCAGUGGCUGCAGAAUGAGGUGGUCCCUGACGGCUGGUUCGCCAAGGGCUCCAACUUCUCCAACAUCCUGCUCAAGUACUUUAAGGACUAUGACAAUGGAGACUCCCAGCUGGAUUCCACUGAGUUCCUUAAGUUCCUCCAGCACAACGAAACAGCCAUCAACAUUACGUCAUAUGCUGACGAGGAGAACAACCGCCUACUCAGGAGCCUGUGUGUGGAUGCCCUCAUUGAGCUCUCAGAUGAGAACACGGACUGGCAGUUGAGCUUCGAUGAGUUCCUAAACUGCUUCAAGCCUGGCUUCAACCCACCAGAGAGAAAGUGUGCCCUGGAGGAUGAGACCUAUGAGGACGGGGCAGAGACUCAGGUGGAGUGUAACCGCUGUGUCUGUGCCUGUGGGAACUGGGUCUGCACAGCUGUGACCUGUGAAGAUAAGGUGCCUGCUGUGGAGAAGACUGAAGGUGCUGACCAGGAGAUGACAGAGGAGGAGUGGACACGGCGAGUGGCUGAGCUCAAUAAACAUCAGGAAACUGUGGAGAAGAUGAAAGUGAGCACUAAGGACAUUUGAGAGAGAGCGAGAGAGAGAGAGAGAGAGAGAGAGAGAGAGAGAGAGAGAGAGAGAGAGAGAGAGAGCACUCUUUCAGUCCCACCAUCAACAAUCACUAUCAGGCUGAAGCUUUGCAGCUUGUACUGUUGCAUCACUAUUGUUUUUAGAUUUAAAAAUGUUAAUUAUUAUGAUUUUUUUAAAACUGUACCAAUGUCUAUUGUAAUUGUGUAUAGGGGAGACUAGUUGAAUUGUGUGUACCGUACCAUCAAACACAGUCCUGUUAUCCUAUUUGAGUAACACUCCGAAAGCACAAGUUGUAAGAACUACUGUUAAAAGAAAAUGACUUCACAGUUGCCACGUCACAUACCCAACCCCAUCACAGAGGGUUGAGAUAAGCAAUUCGGCGAGAAAGCAUAAUCAAAUGCAUUGACCUUACAGGGUUGCUCUUCCAGACACCUGGGUAUUUUAUUGGGCCAGUAAAUCACAUGAAGGAUGAACACAUGGCUGAGUUGUAAAUGUACCUGACCAUUGUAAAUCCAUCAACAGUGUGAUUACUCUUGCCUGGCAGUGUUACUACUCAUAUCAUAUCUGUAAUAUAUACAGUUAAAAACCCAUUGACCCAUAACAUCUGAUGGUGCCAGGGUUCAAUCUGUUAGAAAAAAAGGAAAUUAAGAAAGUCCACACUCAGUCUUAGACAAGAACUUGUAUUCCAGCUCUAUUUUCUGAUCUGCUGCCCUACUCAUAUCAAUAUGGGGCGGCAGGUAGCCUAGUGGUUAGAGUGUUGGACUAGUAACCGGAAGGUUGCAAGUUCAAAACCCCCGAGCUGACAAGGUACAAAAUCUGUUGUUCUGCCCCUGAACAGGCAGUUAACCCACUGUUCCUAGGCUGUCAUUGAAAAUUUGUUCUUAACUGACUUGCCUAGUUAAAUAAAGGUCAAAAAAAAUAAAAAUGCUAGGGUUCAAUCUGUAGGCUGCAUGUUUACACUCAUGGGGUAAUGCUGUCCAUCUGUUUACAAAUGGCUUUUCUAUCAACGGGGUUGUAAGAGUUAUUACUCCAUAAAAUGAAUUGAAUGCCAAAGCACUAGCCUGGAUUUGGAUUGUGAAGUGAAACUGAAGAAUUCAGUAUGGAUCCAGGCUGUAGUGACAGUACUUUGAUGUAGUGGAUGAAGUGUGUGGAUUUGUAAUGAACAGGAUAAUAGUACUUGAGAGUGCUAUGGGUCACUCUUACUCAUUUGAAAUACACGAUUGUGUGGUCCGUCUGAGACAUACAUCGUCUGUGCAUGCUUUGCCAACAGUACUGCAAUUCAUUUGAUCGUUGAUGUGUCUUUUGGGGAGCUGAUGCACGUCGGUCUCUCGGGAUAUAGGUGCUUUGGUUGGAUGACUUUGUUCGGGUACAAGGAUUGGGGAAAACAACUUCUACAAAACAUGUUUGAUGGCAUAACUGAAACCAAAGUUCAAAUGCAAGAUACCUGAAGUACAGUAUGUGUAGUAACUUUUAGAAAGUAAGUGCCUUACAUUUUCACUAAGACCUCGGGGACGUCUGUCACUAUGAAACCAUGCCAAAUGUAUGGUCUAAUUGAAGUUAGUAGCCUGUGUUUCUUUUGUUUGUUAUGUGUUUAUUGUCUCACUUUUAGAAUAAUACCAGCUCACUUUGUUUGCUUGUUUACAGGAGACUUUUAAUUAAACAUUUACUCCCUGUUGAUUAUUAAGACUACUGUAUUGUCAAACAGGUAUGCAAGCUUUAUACAUGUCAAUAAAUACAUUUAAUAGACGUA